UUCUCAAGUACUUUUAAUCUGCGGCCGGUACUAUUUUCUCCCGCCCAAACAUACUUUGGUGCUGCGAGACUGUGAACAGUCAUUUUAAUUUCAGACGAAUCUGGGUCCUGAUAUUCAGAUAAUAAUGAAACAGAGAAAUCCUGAUGAUUCGGGCGCUUUCCACCAACCUGCCCUCACGUGACGCAAGAGGAAACUACUUAAAGCGGGAUUAGUGCGGGCAAUACGUUAAAUCCAACCUCUCUUCAGUCAGACAAUGCAGGACUCCAUUGCCUCUAUUUUGAGGACCGGUUUCAUUCCAACAUUCUAACUCCAACAGGCAAGUGUUGGCUCCUCAAGUGAGCCUUCAACAGAGACAGGGAAGAGAAGGAGGGCCGCGGUGGCGUGUGAUCAAUGCAUUCGCCAGAUAAAAUCAGACCCUCCGGAGACUAAUUCAGGAAAGAAUCCUUUCGGCAGGAACUCGCGCAGUGUGCUGUGUUCUCGCGUCUCCGAAUGAACAGACAUGGGGGAAUGGACCAUCUUGGAGCGGCUCCUGGAGGCGGCUGUACAGCAACACUCCACUAUGAUAGGAAGGAUCCUAUUAACAGUGGUGGUGAUCUUCCGGAUUCUGAUCGUAGCAAUAGUCGGAGAAACAGUCUAUGACGACGAGCAAACCAUGUUUGUGUGCAAUACCUUACAACCGGGCUGCAACCAGGCAUGCUACGACAAAGCAUUCCCAAUUUCGCACAUCAGAUAUUGGGUGUUCCAAAUCAUUAUGGUCUGUACUCCGAGUCUGUGUUUCAUUACUUACUCUGUGCACCAGACUGCCAAACCAAAGGAUCGCAAAUACUCCACUGUCUAUCUGUCGUUAGACAAGGACUCGGAUUCGAACAAACGUGAUAACAGUAAAAAGAUUAAAAACACAAUUGUUAAUGGAGUACUUCAGAAUACAGAAAACUCAACGAAAGCGGCCGAGCCAGACUGCUUAGAAGUAAAAGACAUUCCCACCUCGGCUAUGAGACCUACCAAGUCGAAAUUGAGGAGGCAAGAAGGUAUCUCAAGAUUCUACAUUAUCCAAGUCGUUUUCAGAAACGCGCUUGAGAUUGGAUUUCUCGUAGGUCAAUAUUUCCUUUACGGAUUCAACGUCCCAGCUGUGUACGAGUGCGAUCGAUACCCGUGCAUUAAAGAUGUAGAAUGCUACGUCUCGAGACCAACGGAGAAGACUGUCUUCCUAGUCUUUAUGUUUGCCGUGAGUGGGAUUUGCGUAGUCCUGAAUUUAGCAGAACUCAAUCACCUUGGAUGGAGGAAAAUCAAAACUGCCGUGAGGGGUGUGCAAGCCAGGAGGAAGUCCAUCUACGAAAUCAGGAAUAAGGAUUUGCCCCGAAUGAGUAUGCCAAAUUUCGGCCGUACUCAGUCAAGUGACUCCGCUUAUGUUUAGCACUUGAAGGAUAAUUGACUGUUAUGUGUAAACAGUAAAAUGCAAAAAUAAUUCGAUGGAAAUUACGCUUCUCAGUUACAAUCGUGAACUAGAUGGGUGGAUGGAUUUUAUUUGUCUUUAUUAGACAAAAUUGACAAACGAAGUAGUACGUUUGUUGCUCGUAUUUAUUAAAAUGUACUGGGGUUACUUUUUAGUAAAAUUUAUACUUUGUAAGUUCUAGACAAAAACCGUCAUGUGUUCACACAUUUACGUUUAUACACGUAUGUUUAUACACACAACUCAACCUACAGAACUUGAAGAGAUAAAAUAUAAUUUGCACUAAGCCGUGGAGCCAAAAGCAUACGGUAUGUGAUGGUGUUCUGAUUAUUGCCACCUCCUUUAAACACAUACAUAGCGACAAAAUGCACAAGCAUUUGGUUCUGUUUCAGACAACUCUGAAUAAUGAUAUUUAAAUUAUAUACAUUAGCAUUAUACGUUUUGUCGUCGUUGUUGCUGUUGCCUGUAUUUGCACCACUGACCUUAACGCAAGUAAUCAUUUUGUUUUGUUUUAAAGCAGAAUUGAAAAACACUGUCGGGCGGAUUAGCUGCAAAUGCUAAAGUCUGUGACUUUCUUAAUUCUUUUAUAGACCAAAGCGUACACCGCUUUCGUUUGUGAAGUGAUUUUUUUCUUUUGUGUAAUCAAGUGCCAUACACA